GGCGCAUUUUCCUGCCCGAGCAUCACUUUAGGUUGUAAUUUCCCGGUUUUUUGUUUUUUUUUUUUCUUAGUGGCGGACAUUUUUACUUCUCCGGUCUGUUAAACGAAAGACGCUUCACAGCUGGUGUUCCCCGGAGGCGUUGGCUUCCCAGCUCAGAGGCGCGUCCCUGUCUUGAUGACCCGCAACUGGCCGGAUCCAGGCCUCCGAGCCUCCCCUCCGCCCACAGAGUCCGCCGGCGGCGGGCUCGCUGAGCGCCCGGCUGAGGUGAACCGGCGUCUCUCCCACCCCGUCCUCCCCGUUCAGCACACGGAGCCCUGCAGCCCGGGUGCGGGGCUCCUGUCACGUCCUGCUGCCCAGGCCCCGACGUCUGGACAGAGAGGCGCUGGACGGCUGUUGUGACCUUUGAGGAUGCUGCUGUAUCCAGGACGGAAUGACACCUUGUUCAGGCUCAGAGAUGCCUGUACCUCAAUGUGAUGCUGCAGAACUUUGAUCUUACACAUUCCCUGGAGAGGGGAAGAGAAGGAGGACAGAGAGAGAGAAACAUCAACAUGUGGUUGCCUGUUGAGUACCCGCCCCCCCCAAGGAACCGGACCACAACCCAGGCAUGUGCCCCAGACUUGGAAAUGAACUGGCAAUGCUUUGGUUCACAGGUUAGGGUGACCUUUGAGGAUGUUGCCGUGUAUUUCUCCAGGACAGAAUGGAGCCUCCUUAAUGCGGCUGAGAGGCGCCUGUACCUCCAUGUGAUGCUGGAGAAUUUUGCUCUUAUAUCCUCGCUGGGUUGCUGCUGUGGAGCAGCGGAUGUGGAGGCUCCCACUGACCAGAGCGUUUCUGUAAGAGUAUUGCAGGCAAAGGAUCCCAUGGCAGCUUUGUCUUCUAAGAAGAGCCACCCCUGUGACAGUUGUGGGUGUGUCUUGAGGAAAAUUUUUCUCUUGGCUGACCAGCAGGGAACUGAACAGAGAGAGAAACUGCUGAGGUGUGGGGCAUGUGAAAAAGAAUUUUGUUUCAUUGCAAAGCAUCACCAGCACCAGGAGGAGCACUUGAGACAGAAGUCUUUAGUACGAGGUGUGGACAGGGCCUCACUUGUGAAGGGCCGCAAUUUCAAUGUGUCUGAAAAGAUCUCUACCUUCCAGGAGCUUGAGCAGAACGAUUUUACAAACUCAGGAAAUAUCCAACAACAAGCUCCUAACACCAAGGAAAGAGCAAAUGAAAUGUCAACAUUUGGGGAGGAUUUUCAAAGGAGAAAUAUUUAUCACACAAGAAAAGAAUGUAAGAAAGCCAUUGUCUGCAAACACUCACCACUUCCAGACCAGGCUGUCCAAACUGGAAGACGAUGUUAUGCGUGCAGUGAAUGUGAAAAAUGUUUUCUAGGAAUCUCAGGUCUUUGUUAUCAUCAGAAAGUUCACACUGGGGAAAAGCCAUAUGAGUGCAGUGAAUGUAAGAAAUCUUUUACUAGUGGCUGUGCCCUUUGGAAACAUCACAGAGUUCACACUGGAGAAAGGCCUUAUGAGUGCGCUGAAUGUGGGAAAUCAUUUACUAGUGAUUCUGACCUCCAUAAACAUCACAGAGUUCACACUGGAGAAAGGCCAUAUAAGUGUGUUGAAUGUGGAAAAUCUUUUAGUAGUAAUUCUUACCUUCAUAACCAUCAGUUAGUUCACAGUGGAGAGAAGCCUUAUCAGUGUGGUGAAUGUGGGAAAUCGUUUACUAGUAAUUCUAACCUCCAUAAACAUCACAGAGUUCACACAGGAGAAAAGCCUUUUCCAUGUGGUGAAUGUGGGAAAUCGUUUACUAGUAAUUCUAACUUACACAAACACCAGAGAGUUCACACUGGAGAAAGGCCUUAUGAGUGUAGUACAUGUGGGAAAUGUUUUACCACUAGCUGUUACCUACUUUAUCACCAGAGAGUUCACACUGGAGAAAGGCCUUAUGAGUGCAGUGAAUGUGGGAAAUCUUUUACCUGGAACUCUGACCUCCAUAAACAUCAGAGAGUUCACACUGGAGAAAGGCCUUAUGUGUGCAGUGAAUGUGGGAAAUCUUUCAUCGAUAGUUCUGACCUCCGUAAACAUCACAGAGUUCACACUGGAGAAAGACCAUAUGAAUGCAGUGAAUGUGGGAAACUCUUUAUCAGUAGCUCUGCCCUGUAUACUCAUCAGAAAGUUCAUACUAGAGAAAGACCUUAUGACUGUGAUGAAUGUGGGAAAUCUUUUCCUAGUAAUUCUGACCUCUAUAAACAUCACAGACUUCACUCUGGAGAAAAGCCUUUUCAGUGUGGUGAAUGUGGGAAAUCUUUUACCACUAGCUCUGACCUACUUUAUCAUCAGAGAGUUCACACUGGAGAAAAGUCUUUUCAGUGUGGUGAAUGUGGCAAAGCUUUUACCACUAGCUCUGACCUACUUUAUCAUCAGAGAGUUCACACUGGAGAAAGGCCUUAUGAGUGCCAUGUAUGUGGGAAAUCAUUUACAUGGAACUCUGAUCUCCGUAAACAUCAGAGAGUUCACACUGGAGAAAGGCCUUAUGAGUGCCAUGUAUGUGGGAAAUCAUUUACAUGGAACUCUGAUCUCCGUAAACAUCAGAGAGUUCACACUGGAGAAAGGCCUUUUCAGUGUGGUGAAUGUGGGAAAUCUUACACCACUGGCUCUGGCCUCCAUAAACACCAGAGAGUUCACACUGGAGAAAGGCCUUUUCAAUGUGGUGAAUGUGGGAAAUCUUUUACUACUAGCUCUGACCUACUUUAUCAUCAGAGAGUUCACACUGGAGAAAGGCCUUUUCAGUGUGGUGAAUGUGGGAAAUCUUUUACCUGGAGCUCUGACCUCUGUAAACAUCACAGAGUUCACACUGGAGAAAGGCCUUUUCAAUGUAGUGAAUGUGGGAAAUCUUUUACUACUGGCACUGACUUACUUUAUCAUCAGAGAGUUCACAAAGGGGAAAGGCCUUAUGAGUGCACAGAAUGUGGGAAGUCUUUCAUCAAUAGUUCUGCCCUCCAUAAACAUCAUAGAGUUCACACUGGAGAAAGGCCUUAUGAGUGUAGUAAAUGUGGGAAAUCUUAUUUCAGUAGCUCUGCCCUCUCUUAUCAUCAGAGAAGUCACACUGGAGAAAGGCCUUAUGAGUGUGGUGAAUGUGGGAAAUCUUUUAUCAGUGGGUCUGGCCUCCAUAAACACCAAAGAGUUCACACUGGAGAAAGGCCUUAUGAGUGUGGUGAAUGUGGGAAAUCAUUUAUUAGUAAUUCUGCCCUCCAUUAUCAUCACAGAGUUCACACUGGAGAAAGGUCUUGCGACUGCAGUGAACAUUAGACUUCGUUCACUGCAGUGAACAUUCAACUUCAUUGUCAUCAGAGAGUUGACUUAGUUGAUUGGCUUUAUGCCUGCAGGGAAUAUGAGCAUUUUUAUUAUCAGUAACCUUUGUUAUCAUCUGAGAGUCCACCCAGGGGAUGGCCUUAUGCCUGCAAUGAAUGUGUAAAAUCCUUACCGGAAGCCAUGGCUGUCAUUGUCCUCAGUUCACAAUGACUAAGUUCUUAUUAGUUAAGGAAAUUUGGGGAGUCUUAUUUUCUAGCUAUUUCUUGCACUAUCUUCUGAGAGGUGACACAAGAAAAAGGAUUUAUGUAUGCAGGCAGUAUGAGGAAUUUUUAUGAUUGUAAUACUAAGCUCCAUUCUAUUCAGAGAUUUCACUCUGGUAAAAGGCCUUUUGAGUACAGUAGACAUGGGAAAUGCUUUUUCUAUUCCUAUGCCUGUUAUCAGGGAGUUCACACUGGAGAUAGGCCUUAUGUGGACAUAAAAGGUGGGAAAUCCUUACCUCAUAGUCAUCACUACCUUAAACACACUUCACACUGGUUAAAGGCUUUGAGUGUGAAGUGGAUAUAGGAAACCUUUAUUGAUAAAUGUAUGCCUUUUUACCUUGGAGAGUUCUCAUUGUAAAUGGAUUGAAUUUAGGAAAUGUUCUUUUUUUUUCAGUGUAAUGACACUGAAGGAACCUUACUGGGGAAAAGGUGACUUUAUUUUUUUACCAAUAUUCUCAAUGCAGAACUGUUCAUAAGUUUAAUGUUUAUGUUAUGUAGAA